AUGGUGGCGAUCGUUAUGCACAGAAGAAUUACAAAGGCGGCGCCGAAUCCCUGGACAAAAGAAAAACUCCUCAAAUCUUGUCGCUGCUGCAGAGCGAACAAAACCGUGUGCGAUGCUCUCCAGACCAGUCCUCUUCCGUGCACCUUCUGUACGAAACGGAACCUUGCCUGCCACAUUGACGCUGCAAAGCCGGUCAAUCGCGACUACGACCAUGCGGGUGAAGUGCUUCGCCUGGUCGAGGGCUUGCAGCGGCAGCUCUAUCUGGUGGUGUCUCGCAAGGAGGAACUACUUAAAAAGCUCGUAGACAAGAAGAUCUUGGCCCAGCAGGCCGCUUUAAUUGCACAGAAGGAGCCUGCGCCCAGCGUCGCCGACAUCCAGGAUGCUCUUUUUUCUCCCGAACCCGAGUCCGACGACAAAUUGUUCAUUGACCCGAUCCCAACCAGAGUUCACACAGAUUCCUUCACAAUUCAUUCCAACCUCAUGUCCCUGCCACUCACCAUCUCUCGCGACCGUGCUGAAACAUUGUUCGAGAAAUUCCGCGAAGAAUUCUGCGACUAUCUACCAGUUUUGCCUGACUCUUUCUUCCGCCUAGACUUGCAUGACAUCCACAAGGAGAGCGAUCUUUUGUUCUGGACAAUUAUUGUCACAGCUUACAUCUCGCAUGGUCUGACAGAAGACUACUCCCUCCUUUCCGCGCAUGUUCAGAACUUGGUCGUGGUCAAUUGCUGGUUCAAGACCCCUCGCUCGCUCUACUCCUUGGUAGCUCUCCUUAUCCUCACCUCAUGGCCGCUCCCAAAUCGCACCUCUCACAACAUUCAGACCAAUAUUGCCAUCAAAUAUGCUUCGCUCAUGAAAAGCUUGGCGCUCCAAUUUGGAUUGCACAAGCUAAAGUUCAUUCGUGAGUUCAGCAAGAAGACAAACGUGGAUAUUGAUGCCAGAUCUGAUAUCAACAACAUCAUCCGGGAGCGCAUCUACAAGUAUGUGAACAUUAAUUCGAAUUUCUGGCUUGUAUAUCUUGGCCUCUCGAAUUCAAAUUACAAUGGCUUCAGUCAAGACUACAUUAUCGACAAAGCCGCCAAUUUCGACCUAUUCAAAAAGGACGAAAUCUCUGCCAGAGACGACUUCAUAAACUCUCUCCUCAAAAUUUCGCUCAUUCAACUGAAAAUGAACGAAAGUAUGGGCGAUUUCUUAACCAAUCCUCACAAGGUUGGCAAGCUCAUUCACCUCAACAUGUACGAACAAAUCCUCAACGGAUACAUGGGCCCUAGCUCCCCACUCUACUCACACGAUCUCAUCUCGCUUUCAUUGGAAUUCACCAAACUACAACUCUACGUCUACUACCUCUCUGAGUCCGACAUUGAAUUGAAGGAAUAUCAGAAGGUCAUCGCCCGUACGAUAAUGUGCUGCCAAGCAAUCAUCGAAAUCUUUGAAAAGAGAUUCGGUGACAAGAAGAAAUAUCAGCUGAUUCCCAUUCAUUAUCGUUUCAGCAUUGAGCUCGCUACCUUGGUAACACUUCAAAUUCACUCUUCACCCUUGCUCACUACCUUACAAGCCUACACCAACACCAAGAAGUUGUUCUUGCGGGCAUAUAACUUGAUCCAAUGUGAUGACCAUAAUUUGAUGACCUCAACAAAAGUCCUCCUUAUGUGCGUUGAAAAAGUGGACAAGUGUAACAAAAUUCUGUUCUGGGCGCAAAAGUCAAGAACAAACAACUUUUUUCUCGUCGAUAAGAUGGCAAAAUACUUGGUUUCAGCGUCAUACUACGAGAUGCUUUGGCAAGUCUACGAAUGUGAGCGUCUGGGGGUUGUGGAUGACGACGUAGAUUGGUCUGUGUUCGGAUUAGACUCAACUAAGCCCGAGGCACAGAAAAUCAUUGCGUACAUUAAAGAGUCGCCCAGCAUUUUAGCCUAG